CUUUAUUAACAUUUUGCCUCUUUUUCCCCCUUCAUAACCUCCAACUGUUUUCCUGCCUUGUCCUUCCAUUGGCAAUAAAAAAAAAGGGGGGAGGUUAACAAUGAAAGGGAUACCAAAGGUGAUGAAGUUGAGAUCAAAAAAACUCCACAGGAGUCUUUCCAAGUUACGUUGUGGCAGCAGUACUGAUGGUGACAACAAGGAGUCGUGUGGUGCGGCAGCUGUCGUUGAAGAGAUCAAAUGGGAGUUAAGGCCUGGUGGGAUGCUUGUCCAAAGGAGAGACCCCCUUGAACUCCAAGAUACUACUAAUCAUAAAAAGGAAGGAUAUAUUAUGGUUAGAGUCGCUACCGGUUCGCAUUUGCAUGACAUUUCGAUCCAAGCAACUUCAACUUUUGGAGAAAUGAAGAUGGUUUUGUCAAUGGUGACUGGCAUGGAGCCAAAGGAGCAAAGGAUAUUGUUCAAAGGGAAGGAAAGAGAGGAUGUUGAACACCUACACAUGGUUGGAGUUGGAGACAAAGACAAGGUUGUUGUGUUGGAAGAUCCAGCCAUCAAAGAAAGGAAACUCCUCCUCCUUGCUAGUACACCAGAUGCUUCAAAUUAUGCAAUUAGUGUCAAAUAAUGAUCAAGUACGUAGCAAAAAAAUCUCUAAUUUAAUUGUACGUGUUGAAAUACUUUGAAUUAGUGAUCUUGAUGUUAUGUUA